UUAUACAGAGUAACAGUGCACCGAAUACACUCCUGUUUGACUCAAGCUCUGGCUCUAUGAAGUAAAAGUAUCUGGAACAUGGAGAGAUGGAGGAUUAUAGCUCUGCUACACUUGACUGUACUGAUGCUGUGCUGUCUGAGCUGCAGUGGUGCUCCCCACAGAUGGAAGAGAGAAUGGCUCGUACCCACAAAGAUGCUAAAGGAGAACUAUGACUAUAGGAACUCCAGUCACAUCGCCCGAAUCCGCUCAGACAUGGAUGAGCAUGAGCCGCUAUACUACACGCUACAUGGACCAGGCACAGACAAAAGGCCCUACAACCUGUUUUUUGUGGAGGAGGCCACGGGGCUGGUAUAUAUCCGAGGGGUCCUGGACCGAGAGGAGAUAGAGACAUAUGUGCUGACUGGAGUAGCCCGCUUUCAUAACGGCACUGUGGCAGAGAAGAGGAUUGACCUGAGGUUUGAUGUGGAAGACGAGAACGACAACGCUCCAGUGUUCCCCAGUGUGCCCCCAGUGUCUGUGAAUGAGAGCAGCCCUGCAGGUACUCUGGUGACUACAUUUACAGCAAAUGAUGCCGAUAAACCCGGAACUCUGAAUGCUGAGAUCAACUACACCAUUAUCAACCAGGGGCCCACAGAUGACAAACCUCAGUUUUACAUUGAUGAAAACACCGGCUCUAUCUAUGUCAAAGAAGGCUUGCUGGACAGAGAGAGGCAGGAGAGCUACACUCUCACAGUUAAAGGAGUGGACAUGGCCGGAGAUCCCAAAGGCAGAUCCGGAACUGGUACUAUUGAAAUCAAAGUCCUGGACAUCAAUGACAACAUCCCCACUCUGGAGAAGGACACGUAUGAAGCAGAAAUUGUGGAGAAUGUAGCACAUGUGGAGGUGAUAAGAAUCAAAGCUUUGGACAAAGAUCUGGAGCCCACAGACAAUUGGCUUGCUGUCUUCGACAUUGUCGCUGGAAAUGAAGACGAAAUCUUCAGCAUCAAAACUGACCCAAACACCAACGAAGGCAUCCUCAUGUUGGAGAAGCCAGUAAACUUUGAACUGCACCCCGACAUCCAGCUUGGCGUUGUUGUGGCUAAUGCGGCUCCGCUGGUUGACCUGGGCCUUGGCCUAGGAGCUGAUGCAGAAAUGGACCUGGAUUUGGAUUUGGGGAUGGACUUGGAUGGAGGAGCUGGUGGUGGAGAGGGUGAAGGACAGGGUGGGGGCGAUCUGGAUUUAGACUUAGAAUUGGAUGCUGAUGUUGGAGCAGGUCUGGGAGGGGGAGGAGGAGUGGGACCAGCAGGAGGAGGAGGGCCGGGACCAGCAGCAGGAGGAGGGGUGGGGCCAGCAGGAGGGGCAGGGUUGGGUGCACCAGAACCAGAUCUUGGACUCGGGGCAGGGGCUGGAGCCGAAGGAAAGCCAAAACCGAAACGGCCAAAGAACAAGAAGAAAAGGCCAAAAGGUAAGGUGUAUGCAGUGAACAUUGCAGUGAAGAAUGAACCAGAGGGAGCUGCAUUCACUCCAGAGGUCUUGAAUGUUCCUGUGUCAGAGAACCCAGAUGACCUUCCAGAUGGGGUCAUAGCCAUUUACCCCGCAAUUGACAAAGACACGGGAAAACCAUCUGAGAACGUCACUUAUGCUAAAGGCUUUGACCCAGAAAACCUGCUGCUGAUCGACCCUGACACGGCAGAGAUCAGAAUCCAGAGAGUGCCAGACCGAGAGUCUGCCUUUGUCAUCAACGGGACUUACAUUGCCAAAAUCAUCGCCAUGACAAAGGACAUGCCCUCCCACACAGCCACAGGAACCAUAGCUCUCCGGGUCCAGGAUACGAAUGAUAACUGUCCGUUGCUGAUCAGCACACUGGAGUACAUCUGCACAGACAUCCAGGUGGUGGAGAUCACAGGGCAAGACCAUGACGGAGACCCUAAUGGAGCCCCCUUCUCUUUCAGGCUGGUCCCAGAGAGCAGUAGGGGGGAGUGGGAGAUCAAGCCCGUAGACGGUAUCCAUGCCAGCUUACAUGCCCUGUCUCCUUUGUGGCCUGGGAUGUAUGAGGUGAUGGUCCUGGUGUACGACCAGCAGGGCCUGUCCUGUCCAGAGCCUCAGACUCUGGAGCUGCAUGUGUGCUCGUGUGAGGGGGACAAGAGCUGCAGCCCGGGCACCAUCCUGGGACAGAAGAGCACACAGAAGGACUCUGCAGCAGCGAUAGGAGGACUAGGGGCAGGGGCCAUGCUCCUGGCUCUGAUUGCUCUGCUAAUUGCUGCUGUCCUGCUGACCACCUGCAGGUUUGGGAAAAGUCCUGGUGCAUUCUCCGUCAUCCCCUUUUUCAGUGAAGACCACCUCAUGGUCUACCACACCGAAGGUCAAGGAGAAGACAAGGAGUUCCCUCUGCUCAGCUCUCCGGUCCACAUGACAGCUGGUGGUAUUACACGACACAUGAUCACUUCUAAGUCAGUGCAUACUACGGGCCAGAUCAACAACACCUCUGUGUCUGGCUCCCAUAUGAACAUGUCCGAGGCAGGGGGCAAGUUCGGAGGCAGUGGCUGCAUGAGGAAGAGCAGCUUUGGGGAGUUGGGUCAGAGCCCGAGGGAUGUGUCUGUGAUGCUAGAGGAGAGGUUCAGCGUGGAAAAUAUGUUGGACUUUGCUCUGCCUGAUGUGUUUCUACACCAGUACUACGCACAGAGUUCCAGUGGUGCUGGUCUAAAGGACAGUGCACAAGAUAGCUUGUUGGUGUACGAGUUUGAAGGUCUGGGGUCACCAGCAGGGUCAGUCGGUUGUUGCAGUUCCUUGGACUCCGACAGUGACCUCCAGUUUCUAAAUCAUCUGGAACUCAAGUUCAAAACACUAGCUGAGAUCUGUGCUCCUCACAUGACUUCUCUCCUAUCCAAAACAACAAGUGUCUCAGUGCACCAAAGCCUGUCGACUGCUUCCAUUGCCCCUACUUUCUCCACAUUACAAGAUAUGUCAAUUUUAUCUAAAUCAAACCAGACACUGCACAACCAAAACUUCCCAAAUGUAACAAAAUUAAAGCACCAAAACAUACACAAUCAAAAUUUCACCACAAUCCAGAAAUCGGAAAGUCCGGCAAAUUUGACACUAGACACACCUAGCUAUGGGGUGAAAAGUCAAAGUGCUAGCAUUAUUCAGUCGCCACCAAUGAGUCCUCCAAGAGCACCAAUAGCACCUCCAUUGGGUCAGGGAGUGGUAUUGCAUCAGCAGCCGGUUUACUACAUAACUUCUCCAAUGAUGCAACCAACCUCAACAGUUUUACAACCUCCUAUGCAUUAUAUUGUCCAGCCUCAGUUUCAAAAUGCUAUGGUUUUUACAGAGCCACAAGUACCCAACAUGCAAGGUUUUGUAUUGCUAAAUAAUGGUUUUGGGUCUGUGGAGCAUAUGGUUUACCCAGGGGCGAUGCCGCUAGGUAGAAGAAGUCACAUGAAUGUGUUUGAUAUUGGCCAGCAUGCAGAGGCCGAGCAAGUGGCUGGCAGUCAAAAAUCAGGGAUACAUUUGGGUGAACAAGGAAGAAAGGUGUCUGAAAGUCAGUUAAACUCAGCCACGUCAGUGAGUGUAAUCGAUGUCGGUCAGCAUAUUGCAGCAGUGCAAGCACCAUAUAGUCAAAAAUCAAGAAGAAAUUUGGAUAAACAAGGCAAAAGAAUGUCAGAAAAUCAAUUAAACUCAGCCACAUCAUUGAGUGCAUUUGAUACCAGGCAACAUGUUGAGGCUGAACAAAUGCCUGGCAGUCAAAAAUUGUGGAUAAACAUGGGCAAAAAGGGAAGACUAUUAUCAGAAAGUCAGCAGAAUUCAGCAGGGUCUUUGACAUUACAGACAGCCAGUACAGUGAAGCAGAGCAAGUGCCUGCUAGUCAAAAAAUAGGGAGACAGGUUUCAGAAGGUUGGCUGGAUUCAGAAGGCUACGCAGAUCCAUCACAAAGCAGUACCAUGGUGGAUUCAGGAGGGGUUAAUGCAAGAAGGAAAACAAGAAAGAGGAUUAUGUCUAUGGAAGAACUGAGUGUGCAAGUGGACAAUGAAAAGAACCAGUGUAACAGACAGGAGAGGUGUGCAGUGUCAGAGCAGUAUUUGCUUAAUACAGGACAUCUAACAGUGCUACAUUAGGCUAUAGAGACCUUGGGUCUUGUCUGGUGUGGUCGAUCUGGGCCUCUCUCACUCUAGUGCUCAAGGCCUGCUCCUGUGCAGCCAGGAUGAGUGCCUCUGUGCUGUAAUUCAGUCCAGCUUUCUCAAGCCAUUGGUAGGAUUUCUUGAUAUGAGCCACUUUGGUUAUGCUCCGGUGGUACAUCUCAUGCAGGGCUUAUCCUCCCAUGAUGGUUCUUCCUGCACCUCUUCCUCCGCACUCCACUGUCUGAGACAUUCACUGAGCACAUCAUCUUGUCCUUGUACUUAUGGAUCU